GAGCUCGAGGGGCUCCGGGCGCAGCUGCCGCGCGCGCCGCUGGCGGCCUGCGCCCAGGACGACGUCGAUCUCGGCUCGGCCUCAGGGCCGCCCCUGGUGGUGGCCAGCGGCGCCCCCAAGACGCUGGACGGCCCCCAGAGGUCGGUCAGCCCGUCAGGCAGCUACCAACUGCCCGCCCACACGCUGGCUGGCGACAGGCGCGGGGCCAAGGCCGUGGUCCUGGAUGACGGCGAGGACGAGGGCUCCGACUUGGCUCUGUGCUCGGCGUGGGCGACCCCCCCGCCGGACGACCCCCCGCCCGACGACGUCCUCAAGGGGACUCCGAGUGGGUUCAGCGGACGGAGCAGGAUGCAGCGCUAUGCCACCAGGAUCUACGAGGCCGUGCGGGCGAGCGCCGCCCGGACGGAGAGCGUGCCGAGCAACGCCAGUUCUUGUUUGCAGUCGUGCGUUAUGUCGCCCACUUCGAUGAAGCGGCAGGCUUGGGAUCUGCUCUGUAUGGUAGUACUGGCUUAUGACGUAUGUGUGCUGCCAUUAUUUGUGUUCAGGGACGAAGAUUCCCUGACCGUUCAGUUUCUUUACAUUUGCACGACGUUAGUAUGGACGCUUGACGUAUUCAUGAGCUUCUUCACUGGAUACUACGAUGUAGGCAACGUUGAGAUGAGCAUUUCAAAGAUAGCUUGGCGCUAUGUCAGGACCUGGUUUAUGCUUGAUUUCCCAGUGCUGUUGAUCGAUUGGUUCACAACUCUACUCCUCCCGCUUUCCGUUGCCCAGCUCCUGAGCAUCGCCCGGGUCUCAAAAAUAUUCCGCCUUGUCCGAUGUUUGCGUAUGUUACGGUUGGUGCGGUUGCUCAAGUUCCGCAGUGGCAAUACCACUGCAUUCGACAGCUACCUCCGCUCGGAGUCUUUGGUUACCUUCUGGACCGUCCUCAGGUCAUUAGGGUACAUAUUAGCCAUCAGUCAUUACAUUGCGUGUGGAUGGUAUUUCAUUGGUGGGCAGCAGCGGCCGUUUACAUGGGUGCAGAUCCUAGACGACGAGGACAGAGAUGUGUACUACCGAUACAUCACGGCCUUGCAUUGGAGUGUCCAGUUGCCUGCGGCAAGUCCCAUCACUGUGCCAGCCCAGCGUUCUAGCCGUCUUGGUGUCGGCUAUUCGAGGUUGCAUGGGAGGCCGUCACGAGUGACACAUCGGGCCUGUUGA